UAAAUUCGUGUUGGUUCUGUAGCAACAGCGAGAACAAGUCGUUGGUCAAGGGCUCGUCCGAAGUACCUAAUCUUCCUUUUUGUCUUAUUCCAGUUGAGGCAUUGCUUACUUGUCUUCCCCAAAAAGGUAGACACGUUUGUUAAACCACGGGCUCCGAUCUUUCUUGCUGUGUCCUCUCCGAUUUCGACCAAAGAAACAACUUUGAACUGGGCACAAUGAGUUCUCCGAUGGCACAACCAGUUUCUCCAGGCAUGAUGCGUCGUUCGACUUUAACGCAACAAGGAUCUCCAGGAAUGAUACGUCGUUCGAUGAGCGGCAAUUCGGGACUGAAUAAUUUGGCCAAUUCCUCCAGCUUUGUUCGUCGGAAUAACGAUCGCGAUGGGAUGGGCAAUAAUGUUGGAGUCACUCCUGGUGGCAACAAUGCAGCCUACCGCGCUUCGUUGGUCUCCCACUAUGCUGAAGAUUUGGAUAGACGUCGCCGCGCUGAGCGAGCUGUUGACGAUAUUCGCACUGAUGGCAUGUCCUCGGACAACCUCAAGAUCGAUUCUGUCGAAUUUUUCUCGCGAGACAACGCCCGUGAACAUCGUACCGACCGCUACGAAUUCGUCCUCGAUAAUGGCCGGGACCUUGGAUCUUCGUCUUCCAUGGUUAUGUCGAGAUCGAUGACUAAUAUGUCAUCCUUGUCGACGAUGGAUUAUCGCUCAUCUUCAUCCUCCGCAACAACCGUUCUUCGUCGUGGUCAGCCGUUCUUCAUGGCAGUUCGCAUGAAGGACCGUAACUUUGAUCCUCGUCGUGAUAUCCUACGAGCUUCUUUCAGCUUCGGUCCCAAUCCUCAGGUAACCAAGGGAACAAAAGUCGUCUUGCCUUUCCGCAUGACCCAACGAGAAUUCAGCCGAGCUCCACAAAAGUGGGACAUGCGUCUCCAUCAGCAGGAAGGUUUCAACAUCACUUUCCAAGUCCAUAUUCCAGCCAACGCACUUGUCGGACUCUGGCGAUUGAAUAUCGAAACUACCACUACGACACCUGGGGCACGCGUCGAUGAAUUCCGUUUCAAGGAUGACAUUUACAUUUUAUUCAACCCCUUCUGCCGAGACGAUCCCGUGUACUUGGACAAUGAGGAACUGCGCAAGGAGUACCUUAUGAAUGAAUCAGGAAAAGUGUACGUAGGUACCCAUAACCGACCAAAGGGACGCCGUUGGGUCUAUGGACAGUUCUCCGAUGUGGCUUUGCCUGCAGCUCAGCUUUUACUGGAACAAUCUGGCCUAAACCCAACCGAAAGAGGCAAUCCCGUUCAAGUUGUCCGCGCCAUAGCCUCAAUCAUCAACGCCAACGAUGGCUUUGGUCUGAUGGAAGGCAAAUGGGAGGGUUCUUUCGAAGAUGGAGUUUGUCCUUGGGUAUGGACUGGAAGCUCUAAAAUCUUCGAGCACUAUUUACGGAAUGGAUCCAAACCAGUCAAAUAUGGACAAUGCUGGGUGUUCGCGGCUUUGGCUACUUCCAUCUUCCGCGCUUUGGGUAUUCCUUCUCGCCCGGUGACCAACUUUGUUUCUGCGCGUGACACAAACCACACCAUGUCGGUUGACAAAUACUUUGACGUAUUUGGUGAUGAAAUGAAAGGUGGCCCCGAUGGUGACAACCAAGAUGCCAUGUGGAACUUCCACUCCUGGACUGAAGUGUGGAUGUCGCGCCCCGACCUUCAAACCGGAUUUAAUGGCUGGCAAGCAAUUGACCCAACACCUCCUCCUCAAUAUUGGCAGAAGAAUUCUGGUGAUCAAAAGAGCCGUGGGCCCUGGGCUGUUGAAGAGUUCCGUCGAGGCCCGUCUUCCGUUGAAUCUGUUCGCCGCGGUGAAGUUGGAUUCGCCUAUGAUACCCCAUAUCUAUUUGCGGAAGUCAACGCCGAAGUAAGUCAUUUCCAGGAGGACGAAACUUCCCAUUGGGGAUUUAGGAAGAUUCGUGUCAACAACUACCAAGUUGGCCGGAUGAUCUUAACCAAGCGACCCGGAGCGGACGACGACGUCAGCGAUGCCGACGCUGAAGAUAUAUCUAGUCUUUACAAGAGCCCUGAUGGCAUUUCCCGUUAUCAGAAGCAGGGUGACGGAUGUUUCAACUCGCUCUUCAACCAAGGGAUGUCUUCACCUUAUUCUGAUUUGAGAGAUCGCGAAAGGGACAGGGAAUUGAAGCAUUAUCCAACGGGCUCGCCAGCAGAGCGUUUAUCGGCCAUGAAUGCUGCUCGCAGCGUCGAACGAUCUCAGCCAAUGUUUGAUGUUCGUCCAGCCAAUGAGGAUGUUUAUUUCGACUUGGUAGAGCAAGAAAAAGUGGCCUGGGGACAGCCUUUCAACGUCCAAAUUCACAUCCAGAACCGUUCGCAAGAAAUGAGGACCAUUACGUCAAUCCUUACUGCCAAUUCUGUAUACUAUACCGGAGUUACUGCUCGUCGCCUUGGCCGCAGCGAUCGCCAGUUUGUUCUUCAGCCCGGAGGCCGCGAAACUCUGCAAAUCCGUGUCAGCUGGGAUGAGUAUCGUGACAAAAUUGUUGACUAUGGUCAUAUCAAGAUCUAUGCUAUGGCAUCCGUACAAGAAACUAAGCAGUCUUGGAGCGAGGAAGAUGACUUCCAGUUGGAAAAGCCCAAAUUGGAUGUCCAGGUCCGAGGAAAUCCUCAGGUUGGCCAGGAUUGCUUCGUCACAUUUAGUUUCAUGAAUCCUAUUUCUGUUACCCUAACUGAAUGCGAGUUCACGUUUGAAGGACCCGGCUUAGUUCGUGCCCAGACUGUGAAAUACCGUGACGUGAAACCUGGAGAGAUGAUCAGCUACGUUCAUAAGUUCAUUCCUCGCUUCAAUGGUGAGCGCAAACUUGUUGCUACUUUCAAUUCUCGCGAAUUGGGUGACAUUGUCGGCUCUCGCCCGAUUCAUGUUCGUGACUAAGGUAAAAUUUCACAACAUUGUACUAAGAAACUUCACCGAAAUCAUGAUCUUGACCCUGAAACGGACUUGGACUUGCCCACGGAAUAAUUUUGCAAUUAGUCAAAUAACCUAUCCCUUUCUCCGCACUUCACACUCCUGUUGCAUCGUCAGGCGCUCAAAAGUGACUGAUAAAUCUUGUUAUUUUAUUUACAUUCACUUUUUGUAAAGGUGUAGGUGUUUCAUUUCACUAUAUCUUUUUUACUUCUGGGCGAUGGUUAAUCGGUUUGAAUAAAAUUUCAUCAACUAGA